AUGCCAAAUUUCAAUAAACCAUUCUAUGUUGAAACAGAUGCCUCUGACAAAGGUAUAGGUGCUAUAUUACACCAAGAAGGCCAUCCAAUUGCUUUUGUUAGUAAAGCUCUAGGCCCAAGAAGUCAAGGUCUAUCAACCUAUGAGAAGGAAAGCUUAGCCAUCCUGUUAGCUAUUGAUCAGUGGAAGUCUUAUCUCCAACCAGCAGAGUUUGUUAUACAAACUGAUCAAAGGAGUCUCACUUACUUGACUGAUCAGAAACUCAACAGUUACUGGCAACAGAAAGCAAUGACCAAGUUGAUGGGUUUCCAGUACAAAAUCUGCUACAAGAAAGGCUCUACAAAUUGUGCUGCAGAUGCCCUGUCCAGAAUUACUCACAACACAGCAACCUUGAAUGCUAUUUCAAUAGCUCAGCCUUUAUGGCUACAAACUGUCCAAGAUAGUUACUCUGACAGUUCAUCUGCUCAGCAGAAGCUUACCACAUUGGCUCUGCAAAAUCCAUCUGGACGUUACAGUCUCAUGGAUGUGUUUCAUGUCUCAUUACUGAAGAAGGUACAAGGUAAUACCACUCCAAAAUUUAUCCCAUUGCCAGCUGAUGUUCCAUCUGUGAAGACACCAGAAAUGGUGCUGGAUCGUCGUGCUUGCACCAAGAACAAGCGUGUCUACUACCAGCUACUGGUUAAAUGGUCUGAUAUGCCUCCUGAGUUGGCCACCUGGGAAGAUGAAGAUGAUUUGCUUCGCCGUUUUCCAUCUUUCACGGCUUGGGGACAAGCCAUUGCUUAUGGGGGUGGGGGGAGAUGUCACGGUGAGACCUACCAGCAGCCCAGCCCAAGAGAAGGAGAAGACCCCAAGAAGCAAACGUAA